UCCUACGUCCCAUUUACAAACCACUGCCUUGCUUAGUUAAUUACUAAAUCAGCAUUAAUUAGCAUAUAUAAUUGCAUUAACAUUUUGUUUCAAAGAAAACAUAUAUAGUAGCAAUGGCACCCACUCUUAUGCCUGUUCAAGAAAUACUCCAAAGUGAUGUUGUGCCCAAAGGUUACCUACUAACCAAGGAUGACUACCAACUUGGUAAAGACGGCCCUCCUUCGUUGAUGGACACUGCAACUAUCGAUUUUUCUCUUUUAUAUUCAUCAUCUCCUGAUGAGCUUGCUAAGCUUCGCGUUGCCCUCACUUCUUGGGGCUGUGUUCAGCUAGUGAAUCAUGGUAUGCCACUUUCAUUACUAGACGAGGUACGAGAAAUGAGCAAGCAAUUCUUCAAACAGCCAUUAGAAGAAAAGGAAAAGUACUCCUCCAAAGGAGAGGACUUGGAAGGUUAUGGAAACACGAAUGCUGUUCAACGUGGAAGUCUCAAUUGGAAUGAUAAGCUUCAUCUCCAAGUUUAUCCCGAGGACAAACGCCAACUUCAAUUUUGGCCUGAAAAUCCUCGACAUUUUAGGACAACCUUACAUGAAUAUUCAAAGAAGAACCUAAUGAUACUUAGGACACUUCUAAAGGCUAUGGCACGUUCUCUUAACCUAGAAGAAGAGCGUUUUUUCGAGCUAUGGGGGGAUGAGAAUGAAGAUAAUACUCAUGCAAGAUUCAACUUCUACCCUCGAUGCCCAAUGUCGGAUCAAGUUGUUGGACUUAAACCUCAUGGAGAUGGAACCGCCAUUACCAUGCUCUUGCAAGACAAAGAGGUUGAAGGCCUUCAAGUCGUCAAAGAUGAUCGUUGGUUUCGUGUUCCUGUCAUCCCUCAUGCUCUCACCAUCCUUGUUGGUGAUCAGAUGGAGAUAGCGAGCAAUGGCGUCUUUAAGAGUCCAACCCACAAGGCAGUGGUAAACCCACAAUAUGAUCGAAUGUCCUUAGCCAUGCUAUUCAUCCCAAGCCUAGACAGAGAGAUUGGCCCACUAGAUGAGCUAAUCAAUGAAGAGAGGCCACAAUUAUACAAAAGGCUCAAGGACUAUGGUCAAGUUUAUACACAAUCCAUUCCUUCGGGGAAAAGACCUAUUGAUAUGAUGAAGAUUAAUUAGUAGAAUUUGUAAAGGGUUUUGUGUUCAUAGAGACACAAAUUACAGGAUGACUAUCCUUUGCCUAAUCUUUUUUCUUGAAUUUGUAGUAAUGUGGAAUAAUCAAUAAAGAGUCUAAAUUUGGUCUUUUAUCUUUAAUAUAAAUCAGCAUGUCUAUUAAUGUUAA